GUUACUUCUGCGGCAGUUGGCCGGAAGAAUUUUAUGCCUCGUCCUCUGCUCUGCUCUGCUCUGCUUUAUCUCUCGUCUCUUCUCAUCUGGUCCUAAACCCUAACCUCAGUAGCAAUUAUAUCCAUUCUCCAGGUGCAAUUUGGCGAUUUUUUUUCUUUUUUGAGAAAGAAAACACGGGGCUGCAGUUUCCGCUGACGCAGCAUUUUCUGCGAUUCUUCGGGUUCCUGUUAUGUACUCUGCUGGAUCGAGGCAUUGGGAUGGAGGCUGAAUUCUGCGCAGGUCAUACACCUUGUUCAUCUCAGGAAGAAAGUGGAGAAGAACUCUCAGUGCUUCCUAGACACACUAAAGUCAUCAUUACUGGUAACAAUAGGACAAAAUCAGUUUUGGUUGGGUUGCAAGGAGUUGUCAAGAAGGCUGUUGGACUUGGUGGUUGGCAUUGGCUGGUCCUGAAGAAUGGGGUGGAAGUAAAGCUUCAGAGAAAUGCUUUGAGUGUUCUAGAAACCCCAACUGGAGAUGAGGAUGAAGAUGAAAUAGUCUAUGGUACUUUCUACAGCACCUCUGUCUGUGCUGGUUCAGAAUUCUACAAGUCAAGAAAGACAGGGGUUCCACAUACCAGGUCAUUGAUAUCUUGUGGAGAAUUUAAUGGCCUGAGUGGCUAUGAUAACACUCAAUCCAAUGGAUUUAAGACUCAAACGAGAGUAAAUUUGUCAAGACUUGGGACAACUACCUUGUGGAGAUACUGGAGGCACUUCGAUCUGGUGAGUGGUAACCCAAACCCAACAAAGGAACAAAUGGUUCAUGGAGUGCAGUGCCAUUUCCUCUCUCAGAAGCAACUGGAUGAGAAGCAGGUCAUUGAGGGCUUUAUUCAUGCUGCAAAAAGGUUGAAGAGACUCCAUUCCUAAGAAUAGAGUGAUUGCAAAUCAAUGUGGCUUUCAGUCAAUGCAAAAAGAGUGAAAGAAGACUCUACUCUGUGUUGUAUGCUUGUUGAGCUUAACAUUUCGGAAUCAAAGAUCCGAACUAUAUCAAAGAAGAUCGGAGAGGAUUGAAUGGGGGAAUAAUUAAUGUUUUAUAUCGGACUUUCGAGGAUUGAAUAUGUGGUUUCUCCAGUUCGAUGCUCAAUUAAACCUCGUGAAUGAAGAAUCUAGUGAACAACAUGGUGUACUUUUGAGGAAUAUGUACAUUUGAACAAUCUAGCAAGGUCUGCAAUGCUGUAAAAGAGUAUCCUAAAAGAAAUAAUAAGAUUCUCAAUAUGUGGUCGUACAUUUGAGGAAUAUGUUUUUUUUUUGUUCAUGUGUU